AGUUUUCAGUUUUCCAGUGUUUUUCUCCGUACGCGUAUCGGGAUUUUGUCGCGAGUUUUUCGGCCGAUAAUCGUGGAAAUUUGCGACCGAAUCGUUUGGUUUUGAUUUUCCGGUUUGGUUCUUCGGUUGAGGAUCAUGUGCUAGCGUUCGCCGGGCGCGCGCGGUUUCGAUUUUUUCGGAGAACAAUAUUCAAGCGUCUCUCUUGGUACUAGCGCCACCCGAGGAAGUGCGCGAUGAUUUUGGACGAGAUAAACAUUUCCACCCAGGAGCUGCAAGCGUUGGCUUUGCUCGAUAGCCGCCAAUAUGGAUUCCUCAAGCUGUCAGCACCGGAAAAUGAGAAGAAAAAGGUUCUAGUGCUGAAGGCUGUCAAGUACCUGGAGCGGAUGCUUAUUCAAGCUCAGAAUCAAAAGGAGCAGCAAUCCAGCAAAGUGUCCCCACCGGAACUGGAUGGUGACAAAGCAUCUCCGGACCCGUCCUCGGAUCCGGAUGUGAAAAUUAAAACAGAGAACAAUGCUUCCGGUGGUGACGCCGUCGAGGCGAUGGCGGUGGAUGAAAAUCUUCCCGCGGACAUUAUGUCGUCCGACGUGGACGUGGAAAUGAAGGACCUGUCGUCGGUGACGAAAGUGGUCAAGACCGAAUCGGGUGAAGACAGUGGUUCGAAAGUGAAGGGAAAAAGUGGGAGUGAUGGUGGUGAUUUGGACACCGCGGGGGGAGGGAUGGAUUCAGUGGACGGUGGUGGUGACUUGACAGUGGCAGCAGUGAAAGAUAUCAAUAUCGACCCGAAGACGUACUGCAAGCUGGGUCAUUUCCACCUGUUGCUGGAGGAUUACGAGAAAGCUCUGUCGGCCUAUCAGAAGUUCUACUCGUUGAAAAGUGACCACUGGAAGGAUCCGGCGUUUCUGUACGGCAUGGGGCUGGUGUACUUCCACUACAAUGCAUUCCGAUGGUCGAUAAAAUCAUUCCAACAGUUGCUGUACGUCUGUCCGGACUUUACGCGUGCCAAUGAGGUCCACCUGCGGAUCGGGCUUAUGCUCAAAGUGAAUGGAGAUUACGAACAAUCGCUGAAGCACCUGCAGCUCGCCUACUCCGACUCGUCGCCGUGCACCUUCGGCAAACUUGAAAUCCGCUUCCACAUCGCGCAUCUGUAUGAGGUGCAGAACAAGUUCAAAGCCGCCAGGGAAGCCUACGAACAGCUACUCGGAGACAAACAGCUGACACCAGCGCUGAAGGCCGACAUUUGCCGCCAGCUAGGAUGGAUGUACCACAGCAUUGAACCGCUCGGGGAGAAGGCACAGCGCGAACGAUCCGCCAUCCACUGUUUGCAGAAAUCGAUCGAAGCCGAACCCAAGUCCGGCCAGACCCUGUACCUGCUGGGACGGUGCUUUGCCGGAAUCAACAAAGUACACGACGCCUUCAUCGCCUAUCGGAAUUCGGUGGAGAAGAGCGAAGGCAACGCCGACACAUGGUGCUCCAUAGGAGUACUCUACCAGCAGCAGAACCAGCCUAUGGAUGCACUGCAGGCCUACAUAUGUGCCGUGCAGUUAGAUAAAUCCCACUCAGCCGCCUGGACCAAUUUGGGAAUUUUGUACGAAAGCUGCAAUCAACCACGUGACGCCUAUGCGUGCUAUCUAAACGCCACCAAAAAUCCGGACGGACAGCAAUCGACCGUAGUGUCAGCCUUAUCCACUGCCAGUUGUGCCACCACCAACGCCGGUACAACCCCAACAGCCACUACCGCAUCCACGGCUUCCACCGGUUCCGGUUCCACCGGAACACCGGCAACCACACCCACUGCGACCACUUCGGCCUCUACGCCCUCAUCUGGACCAGCAUCGGCAGCAACAUCGAUUCCCGGUGGACGAAGCGGCGGAACCAGCCUUACUACCGAUUCGACCUCGGCCGGGAGCGGCAGCGGCAGCGGCGGUGGGGCCAAACCGCAGAGCCUCGCCCAGAGGAUUAAGUUUCUCCAGCAGCACCUGGCACACGCACCUAUGCCGAGUAUCACCUCCAAACGGCGGCAGCUACCGUCGAUCGAGGAAGCGUGGAAUCUGCCAAUCUCGAACGAAAUGAGCUCCCGACAGCAACAGCAGGCGGCCCAGGCCCAGCAGCGACAGUUCCAGAAAGGAUAUGGACAGAAUAAUCAAGCACAAUUCCCGGGAAAUAAUGCAGCAGCAAACAAGCGUUUCAAGCAGGAGGAUGGCCGACCGCAGGCCCCUCUGCCAAACUACUAUCUCAACCAGCAGCAACUGCAGAUGCUCCAGUAUCUGCAGCAGAACCAAACUAGCCUCAAUGCCCAACAGCAACAACUGUUGCAGCAGUAUACCCAUCAGUAUCGGUUGAUGCAACAGCACCAACAGCAACUUCGUCUGCAACAGCAACAACAGGCUCAACAGCAGCAGCAACAACGGAAUCAACCAGGAGCACCGGCUCCGCCAUUCCAAGGUCAAGGUCAACAGCAGCAACCGACAUCGCAAACAGCGCCCGGCUAUGGACAGCCGCAAGCGCCACAGCAGCAGCAGCAAACCCAGCAGCAGAUGCUCGGUGGCAAUGGGAACUUUGCGGCUAUCAGUACGCAGAUGUUCAAAACCACGACGACCAGCGGAACGUACGGCGGAGGUUUCCAGAGUCAGACCAAUGCGGCGGCCUUCACGCAGAUCACCUCCACCAAUCAGUCGGAUUUAGAUCAAGAACUCCAAGCCUUGCUCUCAUCCAAGGACGACACUGCCAACUUUGCCGAAACGCUCCUCAAGCAGUUCGGUUCCGACGAUUUGGACAUCAAGGACAUCAAACCGCUGGAUCAACAGCAGCAGCAUAAUGGCACUGUACUGCCGGCCGAUUCCACCUCGUCCCGACCGGAUGGGGAGAAAUCGCCCACCAUCAAAGCCGAAGCUACCUCCUCAACGGGCACCGGUUCGAGCGGGGCCAGCUCGACAACGGCGGCUGCGGCUGCCAAGCGUCACCUCCUGGCCAAACACGACAUCAAGCUGGAACCGGUCAUCAAGAUCGAAAAGCUGUCCGAGCCGUGCAACAAACCCGCGUUCUCCAUCGACAUGACCGCCAAGGAGCUGCUGCAAGCGGCCAAGAAAUCCGAUCUCAAAGAUGUUGCGGCCAUCAGCUCGACGCUAUCUCUUGACGCAGCGCCGCCUGCUCCGCCGGAAUGUCCGCCACAACGGUUGACUCGCGAACAGCUGCAACCUCCGACGCCAUCCGUGUUCCUCGAGAACAAGAAACACGCGUACAGCCCUCAGCUGCAGGAGUUCUGUCUGAAGCAUCCGAUUGCCGUCGUGCGGCAACUUGGGGCGGCUCUCAAACUGGAUCUGGGUCUGUUUUCGACCAAGACUCUGGUGGAGGCCAACCCGGAUCACAGUAUUGAGGUGCGAACGCAGGUGCACCAGUCGGCGGACGAGAACUGGGAUCAGUCGAUGAAAUCGAAGGUGUGGGCUUGUAUUUCGCAUCGGUCACAUACGACCAUCGCCAAGUACGCCCAGUAUCAGGCGUCCAGCUUUUCCGACAAGAUCAAGGAGGAACGCGACAAGCUGGCCGGCAUCGUUAGUACCAACUCCGAUUCGGACUCGAAGGAUUCCCUCACGAACAGCAACGGCGCUGGAUCGGGCAACGGAAAGCGAAAGAAGUGCAAGAACAGCAACAAAAUGCUGCGCUUCGGAACGAACGUUGAUCUCUCCGACGAGCGCAAGUGGAAAACGCAACUGUCGGAACUGCAGAAGCUGCCUCCAUUCGCGCGGGUUGUCUCCGCUGCCAAUAUGCUCUCGCAUGUGGGUCAUAUGAUCCUGGGCAUGAACACGGUGCAGCUGUACAUGAAGGUACCGGGCAGCAGGACUCCCGGCCACCAGGAGAACAACAACUUCUGCUCGAUCAACAUCAACAUCGGACCGGGCGAUUGCGAGUGGUUUGCCACGCCGGACUCGUACUGGGGCGGCAUUCAGUCGCUGUGCGAGAAGAACAACAUCAACUACCUGCACGGUUCGUGGUGGCCGGCGCUGGAGGACCUCUACGCGGAGAACAUUCCGGUCUAUCGGUUUACCCAGAAGCCGGGCGAUCUGGUGUGGGUCAAUGCUGGUUGUGUCCACUGGGUGCAGGCCAUCGGAUGGUGCAACAAUAUCGCAUGGAACGUGGGACCCCUGACGGCGCGGCAGUACGAGCUGGCCAUCCAGCGGUACGAGUGGAACAAACUCGAAAGCUACAAGAGCAUCGUGCCGAUGGUGCAUCUGAGCUGGAACCUGGCGCGGAACAUCAAGGUUUCCGACCCGAAGCUGUACGAACUGAUCAAAACCUGUCUGAUGCAAACGAUGCGACACUGUAUGCAGGUGUUGGAAUUCGUCAAAUCCAAGGGCGUCGAAGUGCGGUUUCAUGGACGGGGCAAAAAUGAAGCGUCCCACUACUGUGGACAGUGCGAAGUCGAAGUCUUCAACAUCCUCUUCAUCCGAGAGCAGGAGAAGCGCCACGUAGUGCACUGCAUGGGCUGCGCCCGCAAACAGGCACCCAACCUCCAAGGAUUCGUCUGCCUCGAGGAGUACAAGAUGGCCGAACUGAUGCAGGUGUACGACGCCUUCGCCCUGCACAUACCACCCCCGCUACCGAUUCAACCACCUCUCUCGGCAUCGCCCUCGAUCCAACAACAGCAACAACUCCAGCAACCAUCGUCAUCGACUGGUCCUGGCCAGCUGGCGGCUUCCUCGUCCACCAUCACCAUCAGUUCGUCCUCGUCCAGCUCGUCGAUAGGGGCGACGGCGAUUUUGGCCAGUAGUAGCACCAGCAGUCAGACGGCCACGGCGAACGCCUCGACGCCCAUGCAGGUCACGUAAGGUAAAACCGUGCGUGCGCCGUGCGUGCUUUAGUUCAAUUUCACCAAAACUUAAAAGACUUAACUGAUCCCUCCCGAUGGAUGGCGCUGACAGAGAGAAUUAGCGCGAAGGAACAGAGUCGAAACACUGCUAUUAUAUAUAAAAAAAGUGUAAUUUGUACAGUGGAAGGAUUAUACAGUUUUUAUUUUCGCGGGUGUACAUAUCGAAAAUGUAAAAUCCAAUUCUAUGAAUAUAUUUACUUACAUGGAAUAUAAGAAGGUUGAGCUGCUGGCAGCCCUGCUAGCAGGGUUAGGAGUCGAGCUUUGAACACAGAAACAGAACAAAACAAACUCGUAUGAUUAUUUAUAUCGAACCGAACACUGCUUUACCCGAAUUCUAUAUGCUCCUAAUAUUAAACUACAUAGUUUACCCCACCACGGGAUAAGGCUCGCGGAUUAGUAAAAUGGAACGCGUGUGAAGCGUGUGAAAUUCUCCUGGAAGAAAUCAGUUUGUUUUAAGUAGCUUAAUUUAUUCUUAAUCAGUAUACUAAAACGGAGAUUUCAUUCGGCGUGCGUUGCAAGGAAAGUACUCUGAAGGACGCGACGAGAGUAGCAAGUGUUAGGAAGUGGAUUGGCUUUUAGUCGGUUGUUGUUCUUUUGUGGUAGUGAAUCUACUUUGGCGUUACGCUUGGCAUCCAAAACCAGCUUUGAUGGCUUCCAACCAAAAGGCUGCAAUCCAAGAA